UUUUCCUAAAUCAUCUGUUUUUAGGCUAAGUAUUUGUUUUGUAUAUUCGGAUUUUAUAGGCUAUCUAAAGUGGCCAAAGCUUUGCAGCAUCUUAUUUAAGGUUUUAUUAUCGUCGACGUCUGGCCUACCUCAUAGGCAAUUAAAUGUUGGGAGAAAAGGCACAAGGCGUCCCUUUGAAAGUAAUGGACUACACCUAUGAUGCCGAUUUGGAAGAAUUGUGUCCUGUUUGUGGAGAUAAGGUCUCAGGAUACCACUAUGGACUCCUUACAUGUGAAAGUUGUAAGGGCUUCUUCAAGAGGACAGUCCAGAAUAAUAAGAGGUACACUUGUGCAGAAAACCAGGAGUGUAAAAUAGACAAAACACAGCGGAAGAGAUGUCCCUUCUGCCGAUUCCAGAAAUGCCUCAAUGUUGGCAUGAGAUUAGAAGCGGUGCGUGCAGACCGCAUGCGUGGGGGCAGGAAUAAGUUUGGCCCCAUGUACAAGCGGGACAGAGCCAUGAAGCAGCAGAAGAAGGCUUUGAUCCGUUCCACGGGCUUCAAGCUGGAUUCUGCUCCUCCACAGCUCUCGCCUGUACAGACUAACUAUGGCUUCACCGGCACCCUGCACAGCCUCCCAUCCCUCCCCAAAGGCCUUAUGCCCUCCAUCCCAGCCUCCAUCAACCCCACAGACUACGAGGCCAGCCUCUACGGACCCCCCUCCCUGGGGGUGGCCAUGCAACCCCAUGGGCCCCUGCCCACCCAGUACCAGUACACAGCAUUCCCCAGCAGGGCCAUCAAGUCUGAGUACCCUGACCCCUACACAAGCUCCCCAGAGUCUCUGGUGGGGUACCCCUUACCGGACGGAUACCCCUCCGGUGGCUCCCCGCAGCUUCCCAGCCAGCCCCCGCUCGUGCUGGAGCUGCUGCGCUGCGACCCAGAUGAGAUGCAGGUGCAGAGUAAGAUCAUGGCCUUCUUGCAGCAGGAGCAGAGUGGCCGGGGCCGGCAGGAAAAGCUCAGCACCUUCAGCCUCAUGUGUCGCAUGGCCGACCAGACUCUGUUCUCCAUAGUGGAGUGGGCCAGGAGCUGCAUCUUCUUCAAGGACCUCAAGGUGGGGGAUCAGAUGAAGCUUCUUCACAACUGCUGGUCUGAGCUGCUGGUUCUGGACCAUGUCUUCAGACAAGUGCAACACGGGAAGGAGAGCAGCCUGCUGCUGGUUACUGGCCAGGAGAUGGAUCUGUCAUCCAUGGGGUCCCAGGCAGGGGUGACUCUUUCAGGACUGGUCCAGAGAGGACAGGUGCUGGCUGGGAGGCUGCUGACCCUGCAGGUGGACAGGAGAGAGGUUGCCUGCCUUAAGUUCCUCCUUCUCUUCAAUCCCAAUGUAAAGCUGUUGGAGAAUCAAGCAUUUGUGGAGAGUGUUCAGGAGCAGGUGAAUGGGGCUCUGCUGGAAUACACUCUGUGCACCUACCCCCUGUACCUGGACAAGUUCAGCCAGGUGGUGAUGCGUCUGCCAGAGCUGCGAGCCCUCAGCACCCAGGCAGAGGACUACCUGUGCUACAAACACCUGAGUGGGGAGGUGCCCUGCAACAACCUGCUCAUCGAGAUGCUGCAUGCCAAGAGGGCCUGUGUAUGAGCACCACGCUACCAUCACUAUAUACUAGCAGACUGUCUGUGGGACUGACGCUGUGGAAGCCAGACAGGGUUUACGAUUACAGCCCAGAGACAAUGAUGUGUGUGUUUCUGUGCGUGCGUGUGUGUGUGCAUGCGUGUGUGCGUGAGCAGCCCCUCUGUCCUAGGUGUCUGUAAACAGAAUAUGGACUUGUGUUUUUGGCAGUUCUUUAAAUGUACAUAGAUAACAUUUACAAAAGAAGCUUUGUUAUGAUACUGUACGCAAAUGUAACUUUGCCCUUUUCUUGAAUUCAGCAGAGUGAGGUGUUAUGUGAGAGCUAGUGGAGAAAUUUCAGAUUCUUCAGAUGAAAGAGGCACUAUAACACACGUCAUUCAGACUUGUCCUAGCCUUUCAAAUAUAGUGUAAACACUACAUUUAUUUGAGCACUUGUUCCUUUGUAAAUUGUCACCAACUUUACCACAAAGAAAUUGUUGUGUGAAAAAUAAGUUAUGUUCAAUAUAUAUUUUUUUCUAUUAGAUAUUGAUAUUCUAAUAUAUUAACUACACGUGUUUACAUGAAUCACAUAAGCACACUCAUAUUCAGUUUAACCUUAGAGUCGAUGUCUUUGCCCCCGUGGAAAUCUAAUUAGCAUAAUACAAAAAUCGACAUAAAUACCUGUCAGUUUAAGCUAGAGAUAUAUUUUUGAUGUUGCAUUGGAUGCGUCUCAAUCCACCACAUCCCCGAUGUCGCAGUUCCGCAACUGCGGUGAAAGGUGACAGAGCUAGAGCGCUGUUUGUCAGACCAUGAGACAUCCCGAAAAUCAGUCUUCUCACAAAAUCACCUCCAUGGAAAGAUGAGACUAUCACAAACACAAACAUGUCGGUCUGCUCUAGGACACCCACAGGCCUCACAUGACAUGUCUGAAGGUCCCCCGGUACCAGUUGAAAAAAUGUAUGGAAGUACACUAUCUGUUGUUCCAUGUAGUAAAUCUGUUAUUCAAUGCUUUUAAGGCCAAAAAUAGCAGUAAAGGCCAAAAAUUAUUUUUCAUCAAAUAAUUUCUACAUAUUUUUUUGUGGAUACUUCAAGGGGUCUUAAACUUCAAAAAUCAAAUAGCAAAAUUAUCCUUGGUAUGACCUUCUUAAAACAAUUCCAUAUAGCUUAGAACCCCCCGGGUGGGUUAAUGACAGUCUGUUACUCCAAUGAGAUAUUUGCUUAAAGUGAUAGAAAGAGAGAGAGUGGAGAUGGAAAAUGUGGCAGUGAUGUGUGGGACAGAAUGAAAGGAAGCCAUCUUUGUCUGCAGCCAUUUCUUAUUAACAGAUGACUGGAGGUCAAGGAUAUGGGGUCGUGCACUGUGGAUGUUCUCCAGUCCUUUUGUAGUCACAUAAUGAAUGAAAACAUGCAAUUGGCGAUGUAUGCAAUGUAUGCGAUGUAUGCAAUGUCCAAGCUAAACGUGAAGGAGAUAUAGGGAAAUCCAAUUGUAUUGAAGUGUAAAGAGAAUACAGACCAAUCGUACUUGAGAAAUGGCAUAUGAAGUGGAAAACAACAAGUAUCAGAAUUGCAAAGGUAUGAGGAACAACAUGUAACACGCACAUAUCUGUCAUUUCAGCACAUAUCUGUCAUUUCAGCACAUAUCUGUCAUUUUAGCACAUAUCUGUCAUUUCAGCACAUAUCUGUCAUUUCAGCACAUAUCUGUCAUUUCAGCACAUAUCUGUCAUUUCAGGACAUAUCUGUCAUUUUAGCACAUAUCUGUCAUUUCAGCACAUAUCUGUCAUUUUAGCACAUAUCUGUCAUUUCAGCACAUAUCUGUCAUUUUAGCACAUAUCUGUCAUUUUAGCACAUAUCUGUCAUUUCAGCACAUAUCUGUCAUUUUAGCACAUAUCUGUCAUUUCAGCACAUAUCUGUCAUUUCAGCACAUAUCUGUCAUUUCAGCACAUAUCUGUCAUUUCAGCACAUAUCUGUCAUUUCAGCACAUAUCUGUCAUUUCAGCACAUAUCUGUCAUUUUAGCACAUAUCUGUCAUUUUAGCACAUAUCUGUCAUUUCAGCACAUAUCUGUCAUUUCAGCACAUAUCUGUCAUUUCAGCACAUAUCUGUCAUUUCAGCACAUAUCUGUCAUUUCAGCACAUAUCUGUCAUUUCAGCACAUAUCUGUCUUUUCAGCACAUAUCUGUCAUUUCAGCACAUAUCUGUCAUUUCAGCACAUAUCUGUCAUUUCAGCACAUAUCUGUCAUUUCAGCACAUAUCUGUCAUUUCAGCACAUAUUGAAGCAACAUGUUUGAAUUGGUCACACAGACAUGGCAGGGUUGGCUCUACUAACUUCUUCUAGACAAUCAUAACACUUGCCUUAAGAUAACCCUGGCUUGUCUGUCUAUGGACCAUGGUUUAGUAACCGAUGUGAGAGUCAUCUGUACCUCUCCGCUGUAGUACAUUUCAAUUGGGAAACAUGAGAAGAUUAACACAGUGAGCUGUACCAAGCUCAGAUGUUUCAACAAACAGAUGUCUCCGUUUGUAAUUGGUUCUCUUGAUGUUGCUUUUGCUUCUAUUGUGUUUUUACCUUAUUCCGUGAGGUCCCAGUCUUAGUCGUUUUUGGUGAUGAGAUCUGUUUAUAGUCCUCAUUCUCAAGCUGUCUGUGCUGGUCCACAUUGUUUCCUCUCUCAGCAAUUUGAAUGCUUUUCAAACACAAACAAUCAAAAUGUUUUUUUUCUUUCUUUAAAUAUAUUUUAUUGUAAUAGCAUCAAACCAAUAAAUGCAAUUAAGUAAAGCUCUA